UGCAAGUACCCGCAUGGAGGUAUGCAAGCCGGCGUAUGCUGAGGAGAUUCUGGAAGAACCCACCGUUUUUGAUGAGGUAGCCCAGCACCAGUACAACGCAUUAGUCAGGAAAGGCAACUCAGUGAUCCCUUCAGCUCCAAUGAUGAACUUUGUGCGUGCCCAGAUCAAGAAAGCAGCUGAUGAGACCGAGACUAUUCUAGAAACAACCCCGGCUGGCAAAAGCGAUGGGGAAGGUGCACUUCGAGCAUUCAUUAAGGGCCAAAAGUUAAGGCGGCUAUCAAACCUUUUCGGUUGUCGUGACCCCGAGUAUGUAUCACCAGAACGGUCUAGGUCGGCGACACCAUCAGAUCCCGCUUCGGGGCAGGGCCAUGGUGAACCUUUCGAGGAUGAGGAUGUGGGUGUGGUCACCCAAGAGGUAUGUCAUGACGAUAUAUAUCCAUUUGUUGAUGCAUUGCUAACUAUAUCCUCACACACGGUCUUUUCAUAUCUUUUGUUGAUGCAUAGGCUGCUGAUGAUAUGACCGUGGGGACGUACCAGGCUCGGUCUGCAUACGAGUUGAAGCCUAGGAAGGGAAUCAACAAUUACACACCUGAAGACUUCACCCAAAGAGGCCAAAGAGGCAAAAGGACGGUCGGCACCUCGCGGAUGGCGGCUUUGGAUGACUAUGUAGAUGACGUGGAGGAACCGGAGCCGGAGCCGGAGCGGGUUCCUCUUCCUAGGAAGGUGAAGAAGAUAAGCGUCAAGAGGGGGGAGGAGCCAGCAAGCGCGGAAAGCACUAGUCAUCGUCCUUUAUUUAUAAUGUUGAACUUAGAGUGGAAUUUGUUAUGUCGUUGAAAUUGGAGUGGUCGUAGCUAUUAGUAAUGUGGAAUUUGUGAUGUCGUUGAACUUGGAGUGGUCGUAGCUAUUAGUAAUGUGGAAUUUGUUAUGUCGUUGAACUUGGAGUGGUGGUAGCUCUAUGUUAAACUUGAACUUAUUGUGAUGAUCCUUUCUAAGAAAUGAUGUCUGUGGUGAACCCUUUUUGAACCUUAAUGUUUAUUAUACGAAAUGUUGAACUGUGGCAGAA